AGUAGCACAUAAAAACCGUGCCUCCCAUAACGGAACACCUUCAAUAUAUUAUUUUUAAAAAUAAAAUAAAUAAUAAAAAGGGAAAACUCAACGAACGGUGUUGAUAAAACCUGGUUGGCUCAUCAGAUCUGAUCUGAGUCGACUUAUCUUUUUCCUUUCUUCUCCAGCGUCCGAUUUUCCCUUGAAAAUCCAAUCUCUUUCACUCCCGCCCUUUUCCAUUUUUCUUUUUAAUCAAUUUCAAUUUUUUUCCCACUUUCUGGAUUCUUUACAUGGCGACGUCGGCACCGGUUCCGGCGAGUCCAGGCGGCGGUGGAAGUCACGAGAGCGGCGGCGAGCAAAGCCCGAGAUCCAACGUGCGAGAACAAGAGAGGUUUCUCCCUAUCGCUAACAUUAGCCGUAUCAUGAAGAAAGCUCUCCCUGCUAACGCUAAGAUCGCUAAAGAUGCUAAGGAGACCGUACAAGAGUGCGUUUCGGAGUUCAUCAGCUUCAUCACUAGCGAAGCCAGCGACAAGUGCCAGAAGGAGAAGAGGAAGACAAUUAACGGGGACGAUCUUCUCUGGGCUAUGGCAACUUUAGGGUUUGAAGAUUACAUCGAUCCGCUUAAGAUUUACCUUACCAAAUAUAGAGAGGUAAUUAUCUAAAAACUGUUCUUUGUCAUUUGAUCCAUUUUUACCCUUAUGGUUAUUUUGGAUGUUUAUUUGUGACCUUUAAUCUAAAGUAAAACUUAUUAUCAUCCUAUAUGUUAGAGGCAGAAUCAAAUGACUUCGUAAAAACUUAAUAGGUAUUUGACAAGUAUAUAGAUAAUAGUGAAUUAACAAAAAGAAAUUUAUAUAGGUAAUUGUCCAUGUGAAAAUAAUGGCAAAUAAAUUUGGCUUAUGGAUGGUGACAUAUAUGAGAUUUCAAUUUUUUUUCUCUGAAACCAAAGGGCCCUCUGGUUUUAAAUAAUUGUGUAUUCUCUGACUUCUAUAUUGGUUUUGAUAGCUAAUUUUUUUGUUAAGUUGUAUUGGACUGAUUUUUGUUUUUUGGUGUGUAUGUGUGGUUAUUUUCAUGGUCAAUUUGGGUCAUUGCAGAUGGAGGGUGAUACAAAGGGUUCGGUUAAAGGUGGAGAUACAUUUGCUAAGAAAGAUGUCCAACCAGGUCCAAAUGCCCAGCUUGCUCAUCAGGGUUCAUUCUCGCAAGGUGUUUAUUAUGGGAAUUCUCAAUCUCAAUCACAAGCCCAUAUGAUGGCUUCUGAUGCCAGGCACUGAGAACGAGACCAAAUCCUUCUUGAGCCAAUUUCAUCAUCCAAAUCUCAUUGAAUUAUCAUGUUUCAAUGGUGGCAAAAACAGGUGUGAAAAACUGACAUUUUGGAUGGUUCAGAUCAUCCUUCACAUGUAAGCUGUUAAUAUCAGUAUAUUUGGAGUAGAUUGAGUUGUGUGAAAGAAAUGGUGUAAAUGUUAAGAGGGUAUUAUUGUAGAUUUGAACUGUUGGAGAGAACAUAAUAUUGUGUUAUUAAUGACAUUGUUUAGGGAACUUGGUAGUUUAUGUUCAUCAUAUAUUUAUAACUGAACAAUUUAAGGUUCAAAUACAAUGUACAAAGUUUAUUUA